AUGAGAGACCGGCGGAUUGAUAGGUUCAUCCUCCUUCCCUUCUCCGUCGGCUGUGUCUCUGAGUCUAGUGUUGCAGUCUACGAAAACCAACCCAAGAGAGCACAGAGGGAUGGAGCCCCAAACACACCGAGUAACAUUCUUUUCUUCUUCCUAGUUGGUGGAGAUGGUGACAGGCGGCAGUCUACUGUAGAAGUCAAGAACUCAUCUGCUGUCCUUGCCUUUCCAAAGCCCAACAUCUCUGCAGGGAUUCAGAAGCUAGUCAAGAGCUUCAAGAGCUUGUCCCAACAUGUUGUUGUGUUGUACAAGGAAGAGGAUGAAGAGGUGGAGAUGGAGAUUGGGUUCCCAACAGAUGUGCAACAUGUGGCCCACAUAGGAUGUGAUGGAUUCAACAGCAGCAUGAGCAGCAACAAGAACUGGGACAGAGCCCCCGAGUUGCUGCCCCUCCCCUCCCCAAUGCAGCAGUAUGAGCUAGCCGUGGCUGCACAGGCUGGAGCCCCUCCACCCUACGGUCCCCGUGCGUCUUGGCCACAGUGA